AUCUUAUUAUUAAAAUGUUUAAUACACAACGAUUAAAACUUUCUGAAACUUUUAUAAAUAAUAUACCUGGAAAAAUUGCACUUACUUCAGAUAUUUGGUCUUCAACAGUUAAUGAAUCUUAUUUAUCAUUAACUGCACAUUUUAUUACCCAAGAAUGGGAAUUAAAAAAAUCCUUUUAG